AUGGAAUUAAGUGCCGAACAAAAAAAACGAAUUGAAGAAAAUCGUUUGAAAGCUCUUCAGCUGAGAGCUCAGAAAAAAUCCCCCAACCCCACACUGACUACAGUUAAUCUUAAUGUUAAUCUUAAUGUAAAUCCGGACAUAAAAAACAGCUUUAACAACAUAAAUAAUAAUAAUUAUAAAACGUUUCAUGACACCAAUUCAGUUAGUAGUAGUAGUUUUAACCAUAACCAGAAAGUUAUUUUUUCAAAUCAACAAUUAGAAGUUAAGUCUGGGGAAUCUUUUUAUAAUAAUAAAAUUAAAAAUAAUAAUAGGUUGCCUAACAACAACUAUAAUAACACUAAAAAUGGUGGCUCAAUUAAUUCUAGAAGUAAUAAUAAAAAGUCAUCUGAAGCAAAAUCUGUAUGUGAAAAAGUAAAACUUAAAUUUGUUCUAAUCUCAAAGGAAAGAUUUUUAGCUGAAUCACAAUUCUUUGCACCAUUGAUUGAAUUAUUCAAAAUGGCUUCUACUAAGCAAUAUGGUGAAAAAGAAAUAACGACGAAAAUGAAAGAUGUAUUAACACUUGAAGACCUACCGAAUGUUGUUCUCAAAGUUUUUAGUGAUAAAAUAAAUAAAAAAUCCAACAAUAACAAUGAUAAUAGUAUUAAUUUUAGCAAUAACUCUGCCUCAACAAUUUUAAAUUUGUCAGCCAUCGAUAGUAAGCUGACUUCAACAUUACUACCAUUCCAGAGAGAGGGUGUCGAAUUUGCCGUGAAAAAUGGCGGGAGGUUGUUGAUAGCAGACGACAUGGGGCUGGGAAAAACAUUGCAGGCAAUUUGCACUGCACGUUUUUACGGCCAUGAGUGGCCUCUUCUCAUCUUAACACCGUCUUCAGUUCGUUUUAGCUGGAAACAGCAAUUGCUUAACUGGCUACCUGACACACUGACCAAUGGCGAUGAAGACGUCAAGGUCAUCAUCAGGGCCAGUGAGGAUUGCUCUAAGGCCAGUGUUGUCAUCGUCAGCUAUGAUCUACUCUCCCGCUGCCAACAGAAAAUCCUGGAUAGGAGAUUUCAAGUCGUUAUAGCGGAUGAAUCUCACUGCUUGAAGAAUAGCAAAGCAGUUCGAACAAAGAAUGCUCUGCCAAUAUUAAAAGCGGCCAAAAGGGUGAUAUUGUUAUCAGGGACACCGGCUCUAUCUAGACCCGUCGAAUUAUUCUCCCAACUGUCGGCCAUUGAUUACAAAAUUUUCACUAAUUUUCACGAGUACGGCGUCCGAUACUGUAACGGCAGGGAGUUACCGUGGGGCUGGGAUUUUUCUGGCUCGUCGAAUUUAGAAGAGUUGAGAAUCGUUAUGGAAGAAAAAUUCAUAAUUAGGCGCCUGAAGAAAGAUGUAUUGAAACAGCUGCCAAGUAAACUUCGGACUCUGGUCGUCCUUGACCCGAACUCCAUCAAGGUCGACAAGGUCAUGAAAAGGUCACACGUCAUCGUAGAACAAACUAAGUGCCAAGAGAGGAAAGCCUUACUUGAAUACUUUCAUCAAACAGCUGAAGCCAAAACGAACGCCAUAUGUGAUUACGUGAGUGACUUGUUGGAUUCGAGUAGAAAAUUCCUUCUAUUCGCUCACCACCAGAGUGUACUAGACGCUGUCGAAAUUUCUGUCAAAAAUAAAUCUUAUGAGUAUGUGAGGAUUGAUGGCAGAACUAAUGCAGAGCAGAGAAACUAUUUCUGUGAAAAAUUUCAGACGAAUCCCGACGUAAAGAUAGCCAUUUUGAGUAUCAUGGCAGCCAACGCAGGAAUCAAUUUGUCGUCUGCCAAUCUCGUCGUGUUUGGGGAACUUUUUUGGAACCCUGGGAUUUUGGUUCAGGCAGAAGAUAGAGCUCACCGGAUUGGCCAAAUUGAUUCAGUAAACAUCCAAUACUUACUAGCUAGAAACACAUCUGACGAUUUCAUCUGGAAUAUGGUGCAAAAAAAGUUGGAACUUCUAGGCAAAGCUGGAUUGUCCGGUGAUGAUUUUGCCGACAGUGAAACUAAAUAUGCCGUGGCGAGUUUAUUUCCGUUUCUCUUAUUACUACUAAUAUCGUCAUAUUAUUAUUUUUACUACUUUUUCAUUCAUAAGGAUUCUAAGCAGAAGAAUCUGGAUUGCUAUUUCGCGAAAGACAGCAGCAACAGCAAAAACGAAAAUAUUAAUAUCAAUGACAAUUAUGACAAUGCGUCAUUUGAUGUCAGUGACGAUCUCUUAUUGGCCGAUUUAUCGUCUUUUGAUUUCGAUAACGAAAUGAAUAAUAACGACAACAAUAAUAGUGAUGAUAAAAUUGAUCGUAGCGGAUUUGAUGAUGAUGACAACGAUUUGUUGUUGAACUGUGACGAUGGUAAUGUACUCGAACGUGGUGAUACUGAUGAAAAAGAUGAUGAUGGUUUAAAUUCACCAAAUCUCAUCGACCAGUCACAUUUCUAG